AAUUGGUAACAAAUAUUUGCAAACGUGCGAUCGACGAAAUGUAUGCGGAUAAUAAACGUGGCCUAGACAAGGUGACGGCAGCGACCCCGCCCACCCACGCCCUCCAGCAGCAGCAGCAACAUCCCCACCAGCAGCAGCAGCACUUGCAACAUGUCCUGCAACUGCAACAGCAACAGCAGCAGCAACACCUACAGCAGCAACAUCAUUUGCAGCAUCAAAUGCAUACGCAUCAUAACUUUCAGCAUGAAACGCCGGCAACUCUGUCGCAACAGCAACACAUGCAGCAGCAGCAGCAGCAACAGACGACACAGCAACAUGCAACCCAGCAGCAACAGCAACAGCAGCAACAACAACAGCAACAGACAGCCGGCAUGUUUACAAGAUUCGAUGCCAACAAAUCGACGAAGGGCGCCUCGAAGAUGCGACGCGAUCUCAUAAAUGCGGAGAUAGCCAAUCUGAGGGAUCUCCUGCCUUUGCCCCAAUCGACGCGCCAGCGCCUCUCGCAGCUCCAACUGAUGGCUCUGGUCUGUGUCUAUGUGCGGAAAGCCAACUACUUUCAACAAGUUUUCAAGCGUCACAAUGCGAUACAUCAUCUCCAUCACCAGACAGCAACACCAAAUAUUGGCUUCUCAAAGGCACUCUCCGGCUUCUUGAUGAUGCUCACACAAAAUGGCAAAUUGCUCUAUAUAUCGGAUAAUGCGGCCGAGUACUUGGGCCAUUCCAUGGAGGAUCUGCUGAUACACGGUGACUCCGUUUACGAUAUCAUUGACAAACAGGAUCACGCAACCAUCCAGGCCGAACUGAAUAGGAACGUGCCGCCGCAGCCGGGUGGCUCGAUCUCGAGUCAGGCGAACAGCGGUGGUGGUGCCGGUGGUGCUGGUGGUGCCGGCGACUCAACGUCCAGCAAUGGAAGUGCCGGCGGUGGUGGUGCUGGUGGCGCCUCCAGUCUCGAGGGCGAGCAUCGCAUGUUCCUCUGUCGCAUGAAUGUUAGCCGCAAUGCGCGACGGCAAAUGCGUUUCGGCGAUCAAAAGGUUGUCCUGGUCCAGGGCCACUAUUUGUCAUUCCUGCCCCUCUGCAGUCGCAACGAGCCCGUCUUUUUGGCCACCUGCACUCCAAUUGCCAUGCCCGAAACGAGGGAGUGUGUGGUGCAAGGUGCCACCAACGUCUUCACCACCAUCCACUCGAUGGACAUGAAAAUAGCCCACAUCGACAAGAAUGGCGAGUUUCAUUUGGGCUAUGAUAAGGCCACGCUACAGGGCACAUCCUGGUACAAUCUCAUUCAUAGCGAAAAUCUGAGGGAGGCGCAGAAUAAGCACAGAUUAAUUACGCAAUCGGAACAGGAUCGCAGCUGUAUCCUGCUAGUGCGAAUGCAAAGAUCUAGUGGAGAAUACACGUGGGUCCACGUGGUCUUACAAGUGAGAGAUAGUCCCGAUUCCACUCAACAACCUGUUAUUGUAUGCACCAACCAAGUACUCAAUGAUCGCGAGGCCUCGAUAAUGCUGGCCAACUCCUGGCUGUAUCACUACUAUACCGUCCAGUCGAAGAUCCAGUUCGGCAUGCCCUUGGACAGUGGAAUCCGAGUGCCACCGGGAACCCCCUCGAGUGGCUACUACAGUCCCCAUUCGUCCCAUCCACCGGCCACUCCGGGAGGAGGCGCCACUCCCAACCUCGGCAUAGCCAGUAGCUUUGGCAGCCAUUCGCACCAUCCUCAUCACUCCCACCACCCGCACCACCACCAUCAUCACCACCAUCCUGCAACGGCCUACCAUCAUCAUCCGCAUAUGGGAACCUAUGGCGGAGUCUAUCAUGCCGAGGCGGCCAUCGAUCUUAAAGAGGAUCAACCGCUUUUUAGCUUUCAAGAGCCCGUCGACUACAGCCAGGUGAAUAGCCAGGUGAAUCCCCCGGCGAGUACUCCCAAUCCACCCGCCUCCAAGUCGGCCACGCCCCCGCCGCCCAAGAAGCGAGCUCGCAAAUUGGAGCCCCUAUAUCUUCACGCCGAACGUUCUCCGGCGGCUGCGAUAACCCCCGAACCCGAUUGCUAUGCCAUCCAUACUCACCCGGCUGCCGCCUAUGCCACCUCGUCGUCGGUGGUCAGUAGCGAUGCCUCCGUUAUAUAUGCCACCAUAGUUCCGACGAGACCGAGGCUACCCAACAAGUCACUGCCACCCGAUCCGGCGGACUUCAUCGAGCAGUGGAAUCCCAGUCCCCCGUGGUCGGAAUCGGCGCAAAAGGCUUCGCUGGACAGUUUUGGAUCCUCGCACGAGCUGAGUCCCUGCAUCACGACCACGCCCCCCACGCCCACCAGUGCCACACCGCAUCAGAGUGGUCUGGGCACCACCCAGACCAUUGGACCUGCCUUCAGUUUCGAAUGGAUGUCGGAUCCCCUGGUGCCCGUUACCUAUCAGCAGUGGCCACCCACCGGGGAUCAUCAUCAGCAUCUCUCGCAGCACUUGAGCCAGAGUCAAAGUCAGAGUCACCAAAAUCCUCUCCAGCAGCAGCUACUCCUGGGAAAUCCUCUACAGCCACAUCUCCACCAGCACCAGCAGCACCACCAGCAGCAGCAGAAUCAUCAGCAUCAGCCACAUCACUUAACACUUCAUCAUGGACGUGGGGCGGAGCACUCUUUGGAGGGGGAAAGUCAAGGGGUGGUGGUGGUAGGGCCACCACCGAUACCCAUUUCGAUACCGAUACCCACGGCGGCGGUGGCCACGGGCCAUGGGGAUGCCGGCGAACCGGUUGAGGAUAGAGAUCCCAAAAAUUAGUGAGUAGCUUGGAAAAAGCUUGGAAAUACCCAGAGAUCACAGAUCGGAGAGCUGCCAGGUGAUAAUCACACUUAAAUUAAUUGCCACUUGUCAUCUUAGCGUUUAAAUUAUUUUUAUCUAACAAAGAAAAAAAAAGAGAAAUAAACGCAAAACGCUAUAACACAUUCGUUUCUCAAAACAACAGCUAAUUUAAGUGAUUUCCAUAUGCGUCCCUUUUGUUUUCCAAUUCCCAUUUUGUAUGUGCAAUCUUGAAGAAAAACACUUAAAAAUAAGAAUGAGUAGCGCUUGGAAAUUAGUUUUCGCGAUAGAAACAAAAGCAAAUACCAUAUUAUAUUCCAAGCCAAGCCAAGUGAGCUCUAUUAGUUGUAGCGUUUUUAUUAGCGACAUUUUUAUGGCGCGCGCUUAAAGUUCUUUUUACGAUUACUCGUAUUUCUGUAUACCGCGUAUUCGCAACUCCGCAAAUAUCUUUAUAUAUACAUACUUCUACAUAGACUAUUUAGGUUAAUUAUUUUAUUUUAUUUAUUAAACGUUUAUUUAUACAC